CACCAGUGACGGUCAGCUGUGCUCUGAAUUAACCCUCAUAGUCCACGGUUGGAGUGUUGUGCCUACCACGGAGAUUAAACGCUCACUUCCCGGCGCGAAGGUGGGUCACCAAGUGUCAUUCCAGCCACAAUAUUCCUCUUUCCCCUCGGCCAAAUCAAUCUCUCCGCAGUGGAAACAAACUGACCCGCUCGAUGAGCGUUUUAGACUCCGAGAAAUAUACCCAUUGAUCGUGACCUUUUCCAAACCGGCAAUCGACAUGACCACCUUCAGUCCUCUCCCGGCCUACAUCCUGGGUAGCUUAACCCUCGCCCUGGGCUGCCAUGCGCUGGCUCGCCCUGGCCCCGAGUAUCCGCGUUUCGGCUUACCCUUCGAACCCGCCGCUUCUUCCGCUUCGACCCAUGGCAACAAACGCACCCCUCCACCCGGCGCAGUUUCUCCCCUCAUGUACAUCAAGGGCAUUCGCGAGACGAGCUACGGUCUGACACUGCUUGCCCUGCAGUACUACGGUCAGGAAACUGCCGUUACCAUAUUUGCCGGCGUCUGCGCGCUGGUUGGACUUGCCGAUGGAUUCGUUGUCUGGGCGAACGGGGGCGAGGCGCUCAAGACCAAGGCCUUUGGACACUGGAUUACAUGUGUGGGAUUUGGGGCGUGGGCCUGGUGGAGGGCUUGUGCGUAGAAAGACUGGGAUCUGUCCACAGAUUGGCCUGACCCAUAAUGCUCGUGGAAUAGGCUGAGCUCCAAACGUAGCAAGGGAUUUUCUGGCUGUUUAAGUAACGUAUAGCGUCCAUUAGAAAAUUGUUUUGAUUAUGAUGGUCACAGACUAUAGGGUAGAAUAUGAUAGUAUAAUGUUCAGGGAAGAAUGGUCGAAGCAAACACAUGAUUGAAGGCGCUACAACUGCUUCAUCCGUCUGGAAGCAAAGAAAGGC